AGAAGCAGGAGAGAGGAUGGCUGGAGGUGGCGAGGCUGUGGAGAGGUCAGACGAGGGAAAAACCUCACCAGUGCCACAUUUACCCGUCAACUUGCAACGUGUGGUGCCCAGGACAGUGCCAGGGCCAGUCAGUGUCCACAACAAGGCCGCUAUUGACUGGGGCUGGCAAGGAUUCCUGGCCUAUGGUGCACAGACAACUGUAGUGGUGGUUGACCCAGUGACUCUGCAGUGUGUCCAAACGCUCUCCAAACACCGCAGCCAUGUGGUUAAGGUGCGGUGGAGAAAAACACGACACUAUCACCAGCUGAGUGCACCGUACAGUCUUAUCUUGGCCUCAGCAGACAACACUGGUACAAUUCAUGUCUGGGAUGUUGCUCGGGGAGAAGUGACUGCCACACUCCAGGAUGGUACUAGACCUAUACAAGAGUUGGAAUGGCUGGGCGGCAUGGAUGGCAGUGAGCAUCUCUUGGCUGCUUUACACCCACCUUAUUCCCUCGUCAUCUGGGACACACGACACAACAAUAAGCUCUGGAAGAAGUCCUACACAGAAACCUUAACUGCAUUCCAUUUUGAUCCAUUCCACUUCAACAAGAUGGCAUUUCUGUGUGGGGGAUGUGUACUGUUUGUUGAAGACUUCAGCCUCACAAAGUGCCCCUCUUCCAAUGGUCGAAAAUUCUAUGUUUCUACUCCAAGGACAAGUCCUGGGAAGGUUGCAAACUCAAUCCCCUCAUCAACCAGCUCCAAUUCCAUUAAUGACGAACGAACGAGCAGUAGAAUUCGCCGCAAAAUGCGAGAACUGGUCGUAGGGGAGGCUAAGCCGAAAAGUGAGGAGGUGAGUCAGCUGGUGGAGUGUUUACAGCUGAUGUAUCAUCGUACAGUGCGCGAUCAGCUGCUGCUGCUCUACUCACGAGAGAUCCUGGUACUGGAUCUUACCAUCAAUCAAACUGUUGGUAUUAUAGUCAUUGACCGGGCAAUGUCACCCUUCAGCCAGGUGUUGUCAUGCUGGCAACGAGAUGUUCUUUUUUGUUUACAUGAAUCAGGAUCUGUUUCUGCGCACUUUCGUCGUCGACUCUUGCCAAUGCCAUCGUCCCCAGACACUGAUAAGGACAAUACUUGGCAUGCAGAUGGUGGAAGUGCUGGAGAGCAUUAUUAUGAGGUUAUGUACGACCGUAAGUGCCAUUCUGAGCCUCUCCGUCUCAACAAGCAAAGCCGCCCUAUCGGACUCACUCUCGACCCAGUGUCCGAGAAACACAUGGCUAUGGUCUUGGGUGAUGGCCGAGUGGUGUUCAAGCAGGUAACUUCCUCCCCGACCCCUGGACGUCAGGUGGUCAGCACCCCGCUCUUCACCCCAGGGGCUCCCUCCUCGAUAUCUGGUCCAUCUCAAGCACCUCACUCUGGCCUCAGCAUUGCAGACAAUCACUUUGGUCUGGCCACCUCACCAGCUGGGGUUCACAUCAACAUGCCCAAAACCUCGCUGGCAGACAUGGUGAAGCCAGCUUGGGCUCUAGCAGAUAAUGUGAAGGAACUUGGGCACCGUGUUAACCUUCGCAUUUUGAUGACGGGUCUGAUGCCUGCUAUGUCCCCUCCUCCUCUGGUGAUAAGAAUGUGUCCACCUCUCACCACCAGAAAUAUUCUCCAGUAUGUUCCUCGCCUCGCUGCAGGGACACAGUCAGGAGUGGUUCAAGUGUUUAAUGUUGCUACAGGAGUAUUGGAGAGAGAGUUUGCCCUUCACACAUACCCUGUCAGAGGUGUUGAGUGGACAAGCUUAACUUCCAUCUUGUCCUUUGGUCACCAACCUCUCAGCAACAGUCAGGGCCUCGUACGUAAUGAACUCAUGUACACUGACAUCCUCACAGGACGAACUAUUACCUUAAGACCAAACAAGAGUGAUGAAACAAGCAUUGACAUGGUCAGAGUCUCUUACCUAAAGCAAUAUUUCAUAGUAGUCUUCAAAGAAGAUCCAUUUGAACUGUGGGAUGCCAGGAAGCUAGUACCGCUGAGGACGAUGCCACGUCGGUUUCCUCGGGUGUCAGCUCUGGAGUGGUCCCCAACCAGUCAUGUCAAGACACGACGGGACUCUGAGAGUCACAGAGCAACAGAGACUGAGCCUGGGAAAAAUGAGUCACUUGUUCCCAAAGAAGCACCACAUACCGAAGCAUCAAUGACAGAGUCCAUGUUAUCCCUGGCUGAUGUAGGAGGAGACAAAUCAAGCAUUGCCAAAGAAUCCUUUGUUUUUACCGACACUGAAGGUCAACUCUACCACUUCUCAGUCGAGGGCAAUGUGAUCAAGGAUGGGACAAAAGUUCCACCAGAUUCUCAGAUGAGUGCUAUCACCUCCAUCGCUUGGAAGAGCCACGAGAUAGUGCUGAGUGAUGCUGAUGGUAACCUGAUAGUGUGGGACCUGAAAACUCGCAUCUCCAGACAUAUAGCCACUCAUCGGGGUUGGAUUCGCAAAGUGCGCUUUGCUCCAGGACGAGAUAACAUGAAACUUGUUGUGCUUUUUGCUGAUGGAAUUGAUAUCUGGGAUGUGAGAGAUGUGGUGCUAGUGAGCCAGGUAAAGUCACCACGGGAUAUUGUGAAAGUGGUGGAUGUGGACUGGGGAGCAUCAGACCGUCCUGUUCUGGCUACCAUUGACGGAUGCCUUCGGGUGAUGGACAUGGCGCUUAAGUCUUCCAGUACUCCAAUAUACCAGUAUUGUACCAAAGAGCCAAUAGUAUCUCCUUACCUGUUAGCUGGUGAGGCUUCACUCAACCUGCGAACUUUGAUGACCCAGCAGCCAUGGCGACCACAUUACUCUCUCUCAUUCACAGGAGAAGAUGGCUUCACACCAGAACAACUGCACAGUAUAGAGGUUUGGCUGUCACGAAUUCCUGCGGAACUGCGUGAAUUUCUGGAGACAUGCGGGUCCACAGCUCACCGAGCUCUGGUGACUGCACAGCUGUUUGGCGACCAAGGAGAAAUAGAUUUCUGGACAGUUGCCUGCCAUUAUCUCACCCAACCGCCACUAACUCACUCCAAGGUAGAUGAGAGCAGCAGUAGCAACAGCAGUGUUGGUAGUGCAGAAUUAAUCACCCUGGGUGACUCUGCUUCAGAGAAGAGUGGUGGGAGUGAAGAUCUCUGUCCUCCAACAACCCUCCCACCUUCCCACCCACUUGAAACCACUUAUCAUCAUCUGUGUGAUGCUGCUACUUAUAAACAUCAUGAACUAGAGCGUUUAGCCAUACACGAGAGCAAGAACUUAGAAGGUGCACAGCGAGCAACACUUGGUCGUUGUCUGGCAGUGAUCGGUGAAAGAGAUCGUGCUGUCAGACUUCUGCUGGAUGCUGAUGCCUCAAACCAACACUUCUACACAGACUGCUUACGAGCAUGUCUGCUCGCUGCCACCCAUCACUCUACCCAAGCUCAGUCUACAAUUAAACUUGUAGCUACCAACUUGAUUGCUGCUGGCAAUAUAUGGGAAGGUGUUGAGUUGUUGUGCUUGAUUGGUAAGGCUGGUGAUGCUUGCCGUUACCUGCAGUCCUAUGGCAACUGGGAGCAUUCAGUGUGGCUGGCCAAGUGUGCUCUUCCUAUCCAUGAAUCUGUUGAUAUCCUUAAACGAUGGGCUCAGCACCUCAUUACUUCUGGCAAUAAAGACCAAGGUGUGUGUGCCUUGUUAUCUGUGGGUAGCAUAACUGCUGCAUUGGAGCAGUUGGUACAGCAGCAUUACCACCAGAGAGCAGCAUUACUGCUUGCAGCAGCUCAACAGCUUCAAGUGGUGCCCAACACACAGCAGCAGCAGCAGCAGCAGCAACUAACAGCCUCUACAUCCUUAGGUUCACAAUCAGGUUUCUCUCCUGUUCUCUCUGCUGCUGCUUCUCUGGCUUCCUUUGCUGAAAACAUUCACAGGAAGUACGUCCUUCAUCUGUUUAGCCUGGGAAAUCGACCAGCUGUGACCUAUUUCUGCCGUCUAAUGGGAGAGAAAGGAAACAGUCUUUUACAGGAGCUGGACUCGUUACAGUAAAUACAAUCCUGUAUCCCCUUACUGCCUUCCUACACCUGCAUCCUGCAUACAACACUCAGUGUGACAAAAAGAUACAAUGUGAUACAUUAUGUGGAAAAGUUCAUCGUUCUCUCUUCUAUGACUUUUAUACAUGUACUAUAUUGUGAGUCCAAAAAUUAUAAUGAGAUGUCUACCAGUGAGCUUAAUUUGUUUUGCUUAUUUUCAAACACUGGUCGAAUAAAUUUUGCACAUUUUUACACUGAUAUUUGGCAAGCAGAGUGUACAUUCAUGUACACUUUACAGUGGAUACAGACACUGUAUAUCCAGACUUUGCAGUCUCUUAAACAUUCCAAUGAUUUGCUUAUUGUUGCAUGCAUUUAGAAUUACAGUAUUGAAGGUAUCUGAGUUGGGAGUAGCUAAUACAUAGGCCAGUCAAUAUUCCAGCUUAUGUAAUAGCAAUGCUAAUUCCUGUAUGUACUGUAUAUAUUAUUAUUAUUAUUAUUAUAAUAAAAAAGAAUGUACUGUAUAUAAACAAAUGUUUAUGGAGACUUAUGCAGUAAUUGAAAUAAGAAUUUUUUUGGCUUCAUAUUCAAGUCCUCUUCAUUAGUUUAAAAUGUAAGAAAGAGCCUUCAUGUGAGUUGAUAUAUAUAGGAGGCCCUUGUUCAUACAGCUCUCAGUGUGAUGCCACUCGUCCUUCCCUUACGCAACUGUUGUACGAAAAUGGCAAUAACAGUGGCUCAGCGGUAAAAACACAGAACAUAAUGAACAAUGGCUCAAUUGAAAGCCAACAAAAUGUGGAAUACAGAAAUAAGGUGCUGUAUACACAGGGCCCUCCUGUACAGCACUCAUUUUAGUUACUGUUUUGUUUUCUCCAUGUGGGUUCAUUAGUAUCAUUAAUUAAUGUUUAUUAUACUUUUGUGAUUGAUUAUUGCAUAAUUUAAGUAAAGAAUUAGCUGUUGACUCGACUGCUAUUGUCAUUUGUUUAUCAGUUUCCAGGUCAACUUAUGGAGAAGACUUGGGCCAGGACCUGUCCUGGUAAACUUAUGUGCACAUGUUUUAUCAAUAUAUUAAAAUUUCAUAAAUUACUUGUUGUUGUUGUGUGUACUUCAGGUGGGACUCUACAACUGAAUUAUGAGGCUACAGUUCUUUAUUGGUACAUCCUUCAUAUUGAAAUGCCCCAACACAGUUUGUUCAUAGCCUGGAUGAGACUUACAUUCAUUUGUAUUAUAUUUAUUCUUCCUUGGAUGAGAGUACUGUGGUGGUGUACACCUUAGAUGAUAGCACUGUGGUGGUGUACACCUUGGAUGAUAGCACUGUGGUGAUGUACACCUUGGAUGAUAGCACUGUGGUGAUGUACACCUUGGAUGAUAGCACUGUGGUGAUGUACACCUUGGAUAAUAGCACUGUAGUGAUGUACACCUUGGAUGAUAGCACUGUGGUGAUGUACACCUUGGAUAAUAGCACUGUAGUGAUGUACACCUUGGAUAAUAGCACUGUAGUGAUGUACACCUUGGAUGAUAGCACUGUGGUGAUGUACACCUUGGAUAAUAGCACUGUAGUGAUGUAUACCUUGGAUAAUACCACUGUGGUGAUGUACACCUUGGAUGAUAGCACUGUGGUGAUGUACACCUUGGAUGAUAGCACUGUAGUGAUGUACACCUUGGAUGAUAGCACUGUAGUGAUGUACACCUUGGAUAAUAGUACUGUGGUGAUGUACACCUUGGAUAAUAGUACUGUGGUGAUGUACACCUGUAAAACAGGUUAACUUAAUUUCAUAUGUACAGUAUAUAGAGGUUAAAAAAUGUAAUAAUUUCCAUAGUUAUUUGUUGAUCAAUGACAGAUCUAUAUUUACACAGUAUUAUCAUACUGUAUGUUGUCUGAAGUUAAUAACGAUGUAAAAUUGAGCGUUUAGAGUUAGAUACAAAUUAUUUCAGUAUUAUGAGAGAGCAGGGCUUAAAAUUUUUAAUAGGUGACAUGUGUGGUCAUUAAAUAAGAAUUUUGACACGAGGUUUAAGACUAGUCGGAGUAAAAGUAGUGACAGAUAUAUGUAUAGACACAGAGACAGAAACAUUUAGCAUAUAAUGCAGUACCUCUACGUAAGUGAGCACACCUUUCUUGUUUUUUUACAGAAAAUAGAUACUGUAUUUCAUUGGUAGGAAGAUGAGGUGAGCCCCAGAAUUGACAAAGGGCAAAAAACCAGGUCUGUGAUGUGUUGAGACAUUUGUGGAGACAUACCUUUAUCCAUGGAAGCAAAAGGGAAAAUGUAUUACAGUAUAGUGGUACCAACACUGUUGUAUGGAUGUGAAGCAUGGGUUUUAAACAUUGCAGCAUUCUCCUGUCAUGUUUUUACACCAUCAUCCUAUUUAUUAAUUGGCCAACAUUUUUUUUUUUUUUCAACAAACCGGCCGUAUCCCACCAAGGCAGGGUGGCCCAAAAAGAAAAACGAAAGCUUCUCUUUUUAAAUUUAGUAAAAUUGGCCAACAUAUGUUGCUCAUUUACUGUAGUUGGUAUGAAGCAAAUAAGAGCAAAUGUUUCCUGUUCUGUAAACAUUUAAGGUUUUUGUGCCAAGGAAUGUGAGAUAAGGUAAUUUGAACUGGACACAGCAUGUUGUAAUUUAUUAUACAUUUUGAACACUAGCAUUGCCUGAUGCUUAAUAUUAUAUAGUGACUAUUGGUAUAGCCUUAGUCUUACUGUAUUGCUUGGUAACUCAGAUAUUCUAGCAAAUAUGCUGAAAAUUUGUCAUAAAUGUAACAAUUCAAAUGGAGUGAUACGGCUUGAAUUUUUUGCAUAGUAGUCCUAAAAUUACUAGUCCAGGCUUCUUAGCUACCAACAUCACACAGACUGCUAAGAAUUUUCCAACUACAAGAGUUUGGUGGGCACCCAGUUAGUAAUUCUAGGACUGCUAAACCACAUGUUCACACCAGUGUCAAUAUAUUUAAAUUUUUGGUAAGGUCUGCUGUGGCCUUCACUGCAGAUUUACAGUAUUGAUAAAUAGGUAAAGAUAAAUAUUACCUUUUUUCAUUUUUAAAUCUGUAAAGGACCAUUUUGUAUGUUUUCAGAGAAAGCCAGUGCUUUAUUUGUAACUUAUUAUUUUUAAUAUUAUAUUUUCCCUCUGUACAAAGACCACUGAAUCCAUCCACUCAAUCAGUCCCACUUUCCAUGCUUCAUUGUAUGAGUUAAUAAAGCCAUACUGAGUGGUGUAUUAAAGAAUAGAAUUGACAGAAUCGUAUGGUCAUUCUAUAUUGUGUAAUCACUUCCUUUAACCAUUCUAAAAUAUUUUACUUAUUGUUUUAAUAUACAUCAGUGUUAAGUAAAGGAUGCAUUUGAUAGGGAAGCAAAGGUCAGAUAAGUGAGUACUGAACUGUAUUAGGAUAAGGAUAGUCAGGCAAGACAUAUUAAAAACUAUAUAUUUUUAUAUUACUGAUAAUGUGUUGCCUAACUCUGAUAUUGGUACUAGAGUUGAAUAUUUCAAAGCCAAAGUAUUUAGUUUUAGGAUACUUAAACAUUCCUAGUUAUUAAUCACUUGUAUUUAUGGUACUUAUGCAAGUCCUCAUAAAUGAGUUCUCUAAGAAGCAAAUGUCAGUGAUAAUUCUAGUGAUACGAAUGGUUGGUGAAUAUAACAUGCCGGAUAAUAUGCAGCGGUCAGUAGUCUCACUAGCAGCCAUGGGAAAAGUUGUUAGUGUGCUCACACUUGUGUAUCACUUGCAGUAGUGUUAGGUAAAUGGACCCAGAUGCAACUUAAUGUGACAUUUUAUUGUGGCAACAUUUCAUUAUCCUGGAAACCAAACAUUGCUUCAAUAAAAUGCCACAUUAGUUUCAUCUGGGUCCAUUUAAAUAACAUUUUGUCUGUAAUUCUACCAUUAUUACUUGCAAUAGUACCUCAGUUUUGUGUUUUAGUGCUAUAGUCUUGGCAUCAGUUGGAACAUAAGGUAUAUUCGAAGGCAAGUUACAAAUACACAACUUAUAACUUAGACUUUAUUGAUCAUUCUCCAGCUUCCUCUAAGAGCCACCAGUGCUAAUGACCUAUAGUAGUUGCAGCAUCUAUUACAGAAAAAAUAAAGCCACUAUGACACUACUGUAUUAUACCAUACUAGUUUUCCCAUGCAUCUAGAGAGUAAGCUGUUUCCUUCUGUUAAAGGAUAUCAUCUAAUAUUUAUAUACUAAAGUUUUUAUUAUUUAUUUAUUAUCACACUGGCCGAUUCCCACCAAGGCAGGGUGGCCCGAAAAAGAAAAACUUUCACCAUCAUUCACUCCAUCACUGUCUUGCCAGAAGGGUGCUUUACACUACAGUUUUUAAACUGCAACAUUAACACCCCUCCUUCAGAGUGCAGACACUGUACUUCCCAUCUCCAGGACUCAAGUCCGGCCUGCCGGUUUCCCUGAACCCCUUCAUAAAUGUUACUUUGCUCACACUCCAACAGCACGUCAAGUAUUAUUAUCAUUAUUAUUGUUUAUAAAAAUGCUAAAUCUAUACUACAAGUUAUUCAGCACUUGGCCCCUAAUACUUUUUUUUUUUUUUUUUUUUUUUAUUAUCACACCGGCCGAUUCCCACCAAGGCAGGGUGGCCCGAAAAAGAAAAACUUUCACCAUCAUUCACUCCAUCACUGUCUUGCCAGAAGGGUGCUUUACACUACAGUUUUUAAACUGCAACAUUAACACCCCUCCUUCAGAGUGCAGGCACUGUACUUCCCAUCUCCAGGACUCAAGUCCGGCCUGCCGGUUUCCCUGAAUCCCUUCAUAAAUGUUACUUUGCUCACACUCCAACAGCACGUCAAGUAUUAAAAACCAUUUGUCUCCAUUCACUCCUAUCAAACACGCUCACGCAUGCCUGCUGGAAGUCCAAGCCCCUCGCACACAAAACCUCCUUUACCCCCUCCCUCCAACCCUUCCUAGGCCGACCCCUACCCCGCCUUCCUUCCACUACAGACUGAUACACUCUUGAAGUCAUUCUGUUUCGCUCCAUUCUCUCUACAUGUCCGAACCACCUCAACAACCCUUCCUCAGCCCUCUGGACAACAGUUUUGGUAAUCCCACACCUCCUCCUAACUUCCAAACUACGAAUUCUCUGCAUUAUAUUCACACCACACAUUGCCCUCAGACAUGACAUCUCCACUGCCUCCAGCCUUCUCCUCGCUGCAACAUUCAUCACCCACGCUUCACACCCCUAAUACUUCUAUUCUUAUAAUGUUGUAAUUGCCUUAGGCAGCACAGUUAUUUUGGUGCUUGAAAGAAUAUGUCUGUUACUGUACAUCGGUAUGUGAAGAGUAACGAGGAUAUUUAUGGUUAUUUUGCUGUAUAGUCAUGAUGAAUUAAUUCCUUAGUGAUUAUAUGACACUAAUUGUAGGAAACACUGCUUAGUACUUAUUGUUGCUGCAUGAUGUAUGAUUCACUGUGUCAUUAUUAUGUAUGUAGAUGAAGUAUAGCAUAGGAGUCACACAGCCCUUGGAAAAUUAGGAAAGUUUGGGUGGUAGUAACCUGGUUUGAUAUGAAGAGGGGGAGGAUAGCUCUGGUUCCCUGAAUCAAGAACCCUUUGUUGCCUUCACAAUACCCCCAUUGAAGAAUCCUGUGACAUAAAGUUACAGUGUAAAUAAUAUACAUGCCAUAAUUUAGUAUGCUAUUAUUGCACAAAUAAUUACUUAGUAAUAUAGUAGUAUGCUCAUCCAUUAUAAUUUUUUAGAUAUGCAUUUUAUCUCUGUGAUCAAACUCUUCAUAAAAAUGUACUUUGUUGAAUUUUUUGUCCCUAUAUGACCCUUGUGGGAUUUGCUUGUAAUAAUAAUAAUGAUUUGUUCCUGUAAUACCAUUAUAAAAUUAUUAACUUUCGUUACCUGUAGAGGGUUUAUGCUAUAUAAUUAUGAGUAUAAUACUUACCAUUCCUAAACUGCCCAGUAAACCUGUUAUGUAUUAAUAACAGCCUCAGGCUUAGCAAAUUUGCACAAAAAACAUACUAGUCGGUGUAUUUUUUUAAAUAUUUGUAAAAAAUUGUUCACGUCGUAGGAGGAACUAGAAGGUGUAACCUCUCAAGGGAAGUAGGUGCCUUGAUGCCAGUGAGGGAAUUGAAUCUAUCCUCUCUUUCUUUGGUAUGAACCUGAUUGCCUCCCAUUUCCUCAUGUGAUGUGUGUUCCCUGUGGGUUUAGCAUUUCCUCAUGAAUUUAAUAAUAAUGAAGCUAAAAGUAAAGCCCCUCAGAUAUGUAUGAAGGCGGCACUGACCAGGAGAUGGGAUUUUCAAGGUCAGUAUUGUGUGAUGCAACUGAAGGUUGUAGAUUAUUCUGCCACAGCUUUUUGUAUGCGUCUUGACUUGUAAUUUGCUUGUUGCCAUUUUUCAGACUUGUAUUUUCAUGAAAUGUUUCAUUUGUAAGGGUUAUAUAGCACGGAAAUUUUAACCAAGGAAAUAUUCUUGCCCUUUAAACCACAUAUAAUGCUCGGAUCGUUGUUCUCCAAAUUUUUCCCCUCCCCUAUUUACUAUGUAACAAGGAUAUGGUGAGAGUAUACUCGAGAUACUGGCAGUGUAGCGAUAGUAUUUCAGUUCUAGGUGUUGUAAUUGGUAUAUCUUAAGAUUUCUUGUUGAUUUAUUUUAACCCGUAAACGGUCCAGGCAGAUCUACGUUCACAUGUGUAGUGCUCCAAAAGUAGAUCUUUUUUUUUUUUUUCCUCUUCAAGGGGGGCUCCUUGGUGUGGUGAAGAGGCUCUUGGUCUGAGGAAUUAGACCUGUCAGUCUCCUUCCUCAGACGGAACCUAAUUACCCCCCAAUCCCCCCUUCCCUAUCCCAUCCUCCCCUUUUCCCUCUCCUCCUCCCCCUCCCCACCCCUCCCUUUUGCCCUUCCUCUUUUUGGCCUUUGGGAUUUUUCCCACAGGCGCGCUAGUUCCUAGGUAGGGGAAAGGGUACCGGGGUCCAUCCCAUUCCGUUGAGGUUCUUGGCGGUGGCGUAGUUUGCCGUGGAAUCUGGAUCGCCUGGGGAUGUCCCAAUCCCUCUCCUGUAUCCUGGAGAGUGGUUUUGGGUGUCUUUUGGGUGACGGGUGUAUCUCUGGAAGCCACCUUUCGGAUUCCGGGGGUGGUGGCCGAAGGAGGUAUGCUUUGUGGCGGAUAUCCGGCCGCCCUCUCUUUUGUCCACCAAGGUAGCUCGGCAGAUGUGAGGUUGCUAUCCCGGAUUGCUGGUUUACUGGCAUGAUGGGUAGGGUAUGGCACGGGUUCCAUGCUGCAUCUACGCUACUUGCAGUGCUGAGGUCCUCUUGGGUGCGGAGGGAGAUUUCUGGCCCCUUCAUUACUCCUAGGAACUAUCCCUCCCCGGUCUCCCCUUUUUUUUAUUCUUUUUUUUAUUUUUAUUUUCUUUUCUUCUUUCUUUUUUUUUUCUUAAAAACAAAAAGAAAGAAGUAACCUAACCAAGGAGAAACUAAUCCAUGAACCUGGUACCCCCGGGCCCCUUCUUGAUACCACACCCCGUUCUGACCCCACCUCGUCUUUGGACCACUCUUCGGACACUCCUCAUGCCUCUGUACCUCUUGCCGGUGCUGUUUCCUCACCCGCUUCAGGUAUUGAGGUCUCGACUGACUCCUUUGAUUUAUCUGACCUCCGCUCUCCUUUGACUAUGCUUCCGGCCUUUCCCUCUACAGUGCGGCAAUUUUCGAAUCACUGGCCCAUUCCACAUCGGACCAACUCUGGUCUCACGCCUAAACGCCAACGACAAUUACCUGCUGAUGAUACUUCUCCACCUUCUUGUUCUUCUCAGAAAAGAUCGACACGUCCUUCACUACCUUUCCACGCUCAGUUUCAGAAUGCACAAUGGACUAAAUUCUUCACUUUACAACCAACUUCCUCUACCGCCUAUCUUUCCGACCACAGUAUUGGCAAGGCACUCCUACGCCAUGUUGGUAAAGAUAUUUCUUUUCAUGCUCUUAAGAGCGGUACGCGCAUCAUCACUGUACAGAAUGCUACCCAAGCUCAUGAUCUUUCUCUUCUUUCACAUAUAGAUACUGUUCCUGUCACUAUUGAAAAACAUCAUUCCCUCAAUUCUUGUAGUAGUACCGUCAUUCUGCCCCAUACUAUAGUUCAAUAAAAUUUCCAGACAUGUGGCAAUGACAUUCUUGAACAGCUGGAACUCCAAGAUCUCCCAAUCCUCAAGGUAGACACUUAUGUUCUUCCUGCCCGCGGGCGGAGACGAUACCCUAGCAAUGUGGCUCGUUUAACUUUUGACAGCCGUGAACUCCCAUCCUCAGUUUAUGUAGCAGGACAUCGGUUACAAGUUCGAAAGGUGAUCCCUACACCGCAACAGUGUAGAAAUUGCUGGUGAUUUGGCCAUCCAGCGAAAUAUUGCAGAUCCAUAGCCGAAUGCCCAGUCUGUGGUGCCGAUGACCAUUCUAAUACGUCUUGCAAUCGACCUCCCUCUUGCCUUAAUUGUCAUGAGGCUCACCCUUCAUACUCUCGCCGUUGCCAAGUCUACUUAAAUGAGCGGGAAAUCCAUUACCUCAAAGAGGCAGAAGGUCUCCCUUAUGCCAUGGCAGUUUCUCAUCUCCGCCUCCAAGGGAGACUACCUCGUGGUUCUUAUUCCCGUGUUUCAAAACGUCCCCCCACUUCUGGGGUCCCAUCUUCUGCAACCUCCUCUGUGGUUACCUCUCCCAUAGUCACUCCUGUAUCUAAUUCUUUUGCUGUCCUAGGCUCAGACGUCCCACUUCAACGCCUCAGUCUGUUCUCGCUUCUUCGUGUUCUCCCUCACAAGCCUCAGUAUCGACGAGACCUCGUACGACACCUCCUCCCAAUCGUCCCUCUACUUCUCAGAAGUCAAAAAAGGUCCUUUAACCCCUCCUUCCCUUCUUCCACCUCCUCAUUUUACCUCCCCUGUCUCUGUACUGGGUUCUUCCCCUCUCACUGGCUGUUACAAGUGUAGAGGUUCACCCUCCUCCUCGUACUAUACCUACCUCCCCUUUUCCCUCCCAAGUUUCUUCCUCUUCUGCCACCUCGCAGGUUUCUGCCUCUUCUGUCCCCUUCCACUCUUCUUCUCCAGUUCCCUCCACCCUUUUGCCCCCCCCCCCUACCUUGGUACAGUCCAUUACAGUUCCAAUCUUUACUCAUCCUCCCCCUGCCAUCUCCAAUAUUGUCUCCCAUACGACGUCUCUGAAUUCCGAAACACUUGAAGCAAUCUCUGAAUAUAUUUCAGAGACCAAACCAUCAAUGGACACUGAUCCACUCUCUGUUCCUUCUCUCUCCUCUCCUCCAUCUGCGCAACUCCUUUCUUCACAGCGCACCGUUCCUUUGCUGCUUGAAUGUUUUCCGCUGCCUCCGCAUGUGGAUUUUUCUAACCCCUCGAGUCCAUAGGAACCCUUACCUGCGGAUUUCAAGUAUCUUUAUCAUGGCCUAUUUACAGUGGAAUAUACGCAGCCUCAGGGAUAAUCGGGGUGAGCUUCAGAUGUUGCUCUCCCAGUUUUCCCCUGUUGGUGUUUGCUUACAGAAACCAAAAUUACACUCUGCUGUUAUCUCUCCCAUCUCAGGCUAUAAUUUAUUGUAUUCUUCAGAUCCUUUUCCUGAUGGGACCUUUAAUGAAAGUGCCCUUCUUCUACGCACUGAUAUUCCGUACCAUCAGCUAUUUGUUCGUACUUCGCUGCAUUACACAGCAGCCCGUAUCCACUUGCAUAGGUGGUAUACGCUCUGUUCUUUAUAUCUCUCUCCUUCUCGGGCGUUAUCUAUUCCGGAUAUUGCCUUUCUUGUUUCGUCAUUACCACUACCGAUUCUGUUACUUGGCGAUUUUAAUGCCCAUCAUUUCCUCUGGGAGGGGUCUCACUGUGAUUCCCGUGGCAUUCAGUUAGAGGCUUUUCUUGCCACCCACCCCCUCCAUGUUUUAAAUACAGGUACUCACACCCAUUUUGAUCCUCGGACUCACACUCUCUCUUGCACCGAUCUCUCAGUCUGCUCUUCCUCCGCCGCAUUAGACUUCACCUGGUCUGUUCUCCCGGAUUUACAUGACAGCGAUCAUUUCCCAAUCAUUCUUACUUCCCCUUCAUAUUCACCACCUCUUCGCACCCCACGCUGGCAAUUUGAUCAGGCAAAUUGGAACCUUUACUCACAACUAACUGUUUUUAGUGAGGCUCCUUCUUCGUCGUUUUUAGUGAGGCUCCUUCUUCGUCCUCCAUUGAUGAGCUUUUACACCUCUUCUCGUCCUCCGUUUUAACCGCAGCUUCUCAUUCUAUACCCCAAACUUUGGGCAGGCAUUCUCAGAAAUGCGUGCCUUGGUGGUCUCCUGCUUGUGCUCGUGUAGUACAUUUGAAACGCGCUGCGUGGGGCAGGUUCCGGUACAAUAGAGCCACGGAGAGACUUCUUGAUUUUAAGCAGAAGCGUGCAAUCGCUCGCCGUGUCAUCCGUGACGCUAAACGCACUUGCUGGCGAGAUUGUCUCCACCAUCACCUCUGCUUCCUCUAUGAGUGCAGUCUGGAAAAAAGUACGAAAACUGAGUGGUAAAUAUUCUCCUGACCCGGCUCCUGUUCUGCGGGUUGCCGGUGUUGAUAUAGCAAACCCACUAGAUGUUGCCAAUGAAAUUGGCAAUCAUCUGGUCCGUAUUUCUCAGGGGCUCCAUCUAUGCCCCUCGUUUCUUUCCUCAAAGUCUGCCAGAGAGUUAGCACCCUUGGACUUUUCUUCUCUCAGAGAAGAACAGUAUAAUGUGCCUUUUACACUUCAAGAACUGGAGGCAACACUCUCAGCUUGCCGAUCAUCGGCAGCUGGGCCCGACGACAUUCAUAUUCGUAUGCUACAACAUUUACAUCAGUCAGCCCUUGCAGUCCUAUUACGCCUUUUCAAUCUUAUUUGGUAACAAGUAGUUCUUCCACAGCUGUGGAAAUCUGCCGUUGUUCUCCCUUUCCGCAAACCAGGCACUACGGGACAUGAAGCCUCCCACUAUCGUCCCAUUGCUCUUACCAGUGCAGUUUGCAAAGUGAUGGAACGCCUGGUAAAUAGACGUUUAGUGUGGUAUUUAGAGACACACAACAGUCUCUCCACUUGUCAAUAUGGCUUUCGUAAGGGAUGUUCUACCAUAGACCCCUUACUACGCUUGGAUACUAUGUUCGUAAUGCCUUUGCAAAUAACCACUCAGUUAUUGCCAUAUUUUUUGACCUUGAGAAGGCUUAUGACACAACUUGGAGGUAUAAUAUUUUGGCCCAAGCCCACUCCUUAGGCCUCCAAGGCAAUCUACCAUCCUUCCUUAAGAACUUUUUAACUGAUAGACAUUUCCGUGUUCGGGUUAAUAAUGUGCUUUCCCCGGACUUUAUCCAAGCUGAAGGUGUCCCCCAGGGAUGUGUUCUGAGCACAACACUUUUUCUCCUUGCUAUUAAUGAUUUGGCCUCUAGUCUUCCAUCAAAUAUUUGGUCAUCACUCUAUGUUGAUGACUUCGCUAUUGCCUGUGCAGGCACUGACUGUCACCUCAUUACAGUUUCUCUCCAGCAUGCGGUCGACCGUGUUUCCAAUUGGGCCACCACACAUGGGUUUAAAUUUUCCAGCACUAAAACCCACCAAAUUACUUUCACUAGAUGCUCUGUCAUCUCCGAUCAUCCUUUGUACCUCUAUGGCUCCCGUAUCCCUGAACGUGAUACAGUCAAGUUUCUGGGCCUCCUCUUUGACCGUAGGUUAUCCUGGAAACCUCACAUUACCUCUCUGAAGGCAACUUUCACAGCCGGCUGAACCUUCUUAAAACCCUUGCUCAUCUUUCAUGGGGAGCUGAUCGUCGAACCCUCCUUCGCCUACAUUCCACCCUCAUUUUAUCGAAACUUGAUUAUGGUGACCAGAUCUAUUCAGCGGCAUCUCCUGCUACUCUCUCUAGCCUUAACCCCAUUCAUCACCAAGGAUUACUUUUAUGCCUCAGUGCUUUUCGCUCUUUCCCUGUUGAGAGCCUCUAUGCAGAAGCGAACGUUCCAUCCUUAUCCGAUCGCCAUGAUGCCCAUUGCCUUCGCUACUAUGUACGCUCUCAUGAUCUCCGCAAUCCUUCCAUUUAUAGAAUGGUCACUGAUAUUAGUAGACAUUCUUUAUUUGUUCACCGCCCCUGUUUACUCCGUCCCUUCUCUCUUCGCCUACAUUCGCUCUUGUCUUCUCUUCAAUUACCACCUUUCUAUGUUCAUGUAGCAUCUCACUUUUCCCUACCCCCCUGGGAAGUUCCAGCUGUUCGAGUCUGUUCUUUCUCUCUCCCUUGCUCAAAAGCCCAACUGUCUACAGUCGCUUCCCGCUCUCUUUUUCUUGACCACUUCCACUCUCAUUCUCAUGCCAUUGCUGUGUACACAGAUGGCUCUAAGUCUUCUGACGGUGUAGGAUUUGCAGCAGUGUUUCCGGACAGCGUCAUACAAGGGCAUUUACUAUCUUCGGCUAGUAUUUUUACUUCUGAAUUGUAUGCCAUCCUUGCAGCACUUAUCCGUAAUGCAUCUAUGCCUGUGUCAUCAUUUGUGGUUGUCUCAGACUCCCUUAGUGCUUUACAGGCUAUACAGAAAUUUGAUACACCUCACCCCUUAGUCCUCCGUCCAACUUUGGCUACGCCGCAUUUUUACCAAGCAUAAAGAUAUUGUUUUUUGUUGGGUCCAUGGUCAUGUUGACGUACAGGGCAAUGAACAGGCAGACACUGCUGCGCGGUCAGCAGUACAUGACCUACCAGUUUCAUAUAGAGGUAUUCCAUAUACGGACUAUUUUGCUGCAAUAUCUUCCCACCUUCACACCCGUUGGCAACAACGUUGGUCUACUAUGCUCGGUAACAAACUUCAAUCCAUUAAACCAAGUAUAGGUUACUGGCCGUCUUCUUAUCACCAGUGUCAAGGUUGGGAGACUACUCUCUUCCGUCUUCGCAUUGGCCAUACUCGUCUUACUCAUGGAUAUCUCAUGGAGAGGCGCCCUGCUCCUCUCUGAGAAUUGCCAGGCUCCAUUAUCAGUCAGCCACAUUCUGUUGGACUGCUCACUUUAUCAACGAGCACGCAGAAUUUACCUCCGUCGUCGUCUUCGCUCCGCUGCUCUCUCUUUGCCUUCCCUUCUCGCUGAUGGACCCACCUUUCAUCCGGACUCUUUCAUUGACUUUUUGACAACAACUGACUGACUUCACAAAUUCUGAUACCUUCAGCCCUUUCUACUUCAAUCUCUUGCUACCCUCUACCCCCACACUAUCCCCUGCCCCGCUGUUUUCUGUAACCUACUGAUCAUCCCUUCCCCCUUCUGCCACCCAAUACCCUCGCUUCCUUCCCUACCCUGCAGCGCUGUAUAGCCCUUGUGGCUUAGCGCUUCUUUUUAAUCAUAAUAAUAAUAAUACAUUUUUUUUACAUAUUUUCAAAUACAUGUAUAACAAAAAAAAAGUAGAUCAAAGUUGUUUUACACAUUUUCAAAUGUAAAAAAAAAAGAAGAUCUACUUGUUUUACAUACUUUCAAAUAUUGAAAAAAACGUAUAUACAUGUAUAUGUUUGGACCGUUUACGGGUUAAAUAUGCACUGUAUUAUUAUUUUUUCUUAGCACACCAGCUGUGUCCCAUGGAGGCAGCGUGACCCAAAAAAGAAGAAAUGAAAGUUUUCCUUCUUUUACAUUCAGUAAUUUAUACAGAAGGGGUAACUAGCCCCUUGCUCCUGGCAUUUUAGUCACUUAUGAAAUGCCUGGCUAACAGAAGAAGAAUUAAUUCUCUUUUACUUCCCCAUGGAGAAUUGGCAGAUACUGUAGUGACAAGUAAAAAAAACACUGAAGCCAAGUGGAUCACUCAGAUUUUUAAAACAUUAUAAGAAAGAAGUACAUUGGUAAUUUCAAGAAUGCUUUGUGAAAUUUUAAUUGGUAACUAUUUUAAAAUAUUUUGAGGAUUCAACUUGUUAAUUAUUAUUAUCAAAACUAAAUUCUAAAUUUUCUAGGUCAAGUUAUAUUUAUUGAGUAAAUAAUCUGGGAUUAUAAUUUGUUGAAACAGUUGAGGUAAAAGCAUUAGAAAAGGUUUAGCUGUUAGUAUAUUAUUAUAACCAUUAGUGAGUACUUAACCUGUAUGUUAGUAUCAUACAUUGCCUGAGAACCAAUCAGGUUUGAUAUAGGUAGAGUAGCUCCAAUUCCUUGGAUCAAGAGUCCUUCACUGAGGUUAUUAGUGUGAAUAUAAAGAGGCCAAAAAUUAACAGAGUUGUUGAAGUAAGAUUGACUCUGGUAGAAAAUAUCUCAAAUACUGAAGUUCCUGUAAGGCCCACCAUAGGAAGGUUUCCAAAACAUUUAUUUCAGUCCCUGAAUUACGUAUUGGCUAGCACAAUGCUGAACCCCCAAUCAGUACCAUCAUCAGGGACAAAGAGACAUGCAGAUUCGUGAUCACUUGAGAUCGGCACUGCUGCCAGCUCUACACUGAAAAAAUAUACAGAUCAAACAUGGCUCACUGCAGCUUGUUUGCUCAUUCAUUGAGACUUUUUCGACAAUAUUCAGGUUUACUUCCUGAUAUAGAUAUCUCAUUAAGCCAUGCACAAAUAAUCUACACUUAGGAGACAAGUUUAUGACAUUUAGGUCCAACUUGAACCAUUAACUGGUCACAUAGUUAAUGGUCCAAGUCAGACUGAAACAUAGUCAUGAGUUUGUCUCCUAAGUGCAGGUUAUUUGUAUAUUGUUCCACUCACAGUAUUGUGCCUUUUUAUUCUUUUCUCAUUAAGCCACUUUGGAGGAGUAAACAAUUAGUAGGUGGUUUGCAAGACAGCUUACCCACACCUGCACGAGAUAGAUUAUUUGAGUACUUCAGGACGUGUGGACUGGAUAUUCACAUGCUUUUAUGGUUCCUUUGAUUUGCACAUUCCUUUGUUAAAGUGCUGGAUGAGACUGACACACAAUUGGUGAUUAAUUGUACAGUGUAAUAUUUCAAAGUACUGCUUUUGUUAAUAAUGGGUUGUACUCGCCCAAAAUAUUACAAAGGGGUGACUAAUCUCAUGUUUCUGUGAAUGUUUAAUCCACCAUUAUAUAUGCAGUAAGUUUUAAACUAAUGGAAAAUACAUACAUUAAGGUUAGUUUCAAGAUAAGCAUAACAGAUAUGGAUGAAUAUUUUUUUACCUUCAAUUCCAUUAGAGAAAAGGGUUGGCUUACUGGUAGGUAAUAUGUAAUUGUUUAUUCUCAGUUAAUUUAGAUCUUGUAAACUAGGUAUGCAUUGCAUUUUUUAUAUUCAAGAUUUUUUUAUACUAUCAAAGAUUGUAUAUAAAGUUCUAUGCAUAUCAUGGCAAUUGUAAGGUAGCAAGAUUGUAUGAUUUUAUUUUCAGUUUGGUAAUUGAACAAGGCUACAAUAAUAGUAUGAUCUUUAGUUGCAUUACAGGAUAUACUGUAUCCAACAAGACUUGAUCUUAGGCUGUAAGGGAGAAUUUACAUAUACUUAUGAGAGUACUUUUUCUUUCUUGCCAGUGUACUAAUCUUAACCCGUAAAUGGUCCAAACGUAUAUAUACGUUCACUACCGUACUGCCCCAACUUUUUGAGAAAAAAAAAUGUUUUUUAAUAGGAAAAAAGAGCAUAUGGUACCCAGGCAUCCCCAAUUAUUUUAAUAUGGUGCACAGUGAGUGCUCACACCCAUUCUCACAUGUCUAGGCGACUCAGGCUUAUCGUGGCAAUGUUAAAUGUAGGACACAUAAAACGUAUAUAUACGUUUGGGGCACUAGCGGUAAAAACGUAUAUAUACAUUUGGACCGUUUACGGGUUAAAACUGCGUCAUGUCAUUGACCCAUUUAGAUGUUGUCUUCCUACUUAUUUAUCAAUUAUGUUAUUGUAAAAAUUGCAUACUACAGAUGCUCUUUAUCAGUUGUACUUUUUGCAACUUUUUUACUGCAUGAUAAUGGAGCAUAAUUCUUUGCUAGUGAUGGCACAGCUUAUGGGUGCCUUAGUAAAUUGAAAGCUUAUAGUUCAAGUUAUAAAUUGCUUUGAUUUGCUUGUAACCAACUUUAAUGUGAUAUUCUUUUAGUAUUGUAACUUUAAUCUGGAUGAGAAUUUUAUACAAGCAUAUAAUAUAAAUAUGGCAUCACAAGGAUGUCAGAUGUAAGUAUUCAGGUUCAACUGCAGCACAAUAAAGCAAAAUGGGUAACUGUUCUCAACAUUCAACCAACCUCUUGCUCCUUACUGACUCAGAAAAAUAAGUGAUAACUAAAAUAAUUAUAUCCAUGUAAAGCAGAUUGAACCAAAUCUUUGCCUCACUAGGAUUCUUCGUCAUUUGUAUUAACAUGUUAGUAUAGUAAUGCAUAUCUUCUACUAAUUACUAUUACACAAGUGACCUGGGAUAUCCAGAGGGCAAUCGGUACCUUCAUAUUUUAGGUGCUUUAUGUAUAGAAUAUCUAAUUAGUAUAGCAUAAAUUUAAAAAAUAAAUACCAAACAUUUUA